UAGUAGGCGGGUAGGAAAGUCAAGGACGAACAAAGUACCAGUGGCAUAAAAGUUGUCAUACCGAGUAAUCAUUUCCUGCUACCUGUUAUCCGAACCUAUUGUGUCCGCACAUUCAAUUGAUUCAUUCAAAAAAGCCUAGGCACUCAUAUUAGCUUCCUAGAAAAGGACUAACAUAAGCCGUCACCGAUAAUUAAGAUUCUCAAGGACAGACCUAAUGACUAUUUGGGCGUGCAGCUUACGCAAGUUCCUCUUGAUCGGGAGAAACGUUCUACUUUGUUCCGUUGUUUCCAGAUACAAGCGAUUCAUCUCGAAUUUCGCUUAUCCUCCGUCUUCGGGGUUGAUGAAGCUCCCGUUGUUUGCUCUGGCAUUCCCUACUAUUCAGCCCAAUACGAUUGGUUUGGACCUUAAAGGCUUCAAAAACCCUGAUAUAUUCGAAUGCAUUCUAUCUAUGAACAGCAAGUCUCUCUCUAGCAUUUUGAAGGGUAGUAAGGAGGCUGUGAAAGAUAGACAUUCUUUAGGAUGGACUCCACUAAUGCUUGCAGUGGUUACCAGGAAUUACGAGGCAGUAAAAGAAUUGUUGAAGUCUGGCUCAAAUCCUAAUGACGUUGACAAUUAUGCUGGUAUCGUAAGAACUGCACAUGAUUUGAGAAUGAUGUCUUCAGAAGUUGAGUGGAUACGGCUCACACAGUUUAGCGACUUUCUGAAUCCAUCGGCUGAUUUUCGUGGUUGUUCUGCACUUCACUAUGCUGUGUUAAUAAAUGACUCCAAAUUGGUUCGUUUAUUGCUGGAAUUUGGGGCUGAUCCGACUAUAGUGAAUGAACGUGGUCACCGUCCAGCCAUGUAUGCUAAAGACUCCUCUAUCAAGGAUUUGCUAGCUGAGGCUGAGUCGAAGAAGGCAGAAGAAGUGGCUGCCAAAGAGCGAGAGGAAAGACGCCUUCAACCACUAGAAAAUCGUUUACGUAAAGUAAUUGUUGGUCAAGAAGCUGCUAUUCGCACUGUUAGUGCAGCUAUAAGACGUAAAGAAAAUGGUUGGUAUGAUGAAGAUCAUCCACUUGUAUUUCUGUUUCUCGGUUCAUCCGGUAUAGGCAAAACGGAGUUGGCUAAACAAGUAGCAGCAUACUUACAUAAAGAUAUUAAAAAGGGCUUUAUACGUAUUGAUAUGUCGGAAUACCAAGAAAAACAUGAAGUGUCCAAAUUCAUCGGAUCACCACCGGGUUAUGUUGGUCAUGAAGAAGGUGGUCAGCUUACACGAGCUUUAGCUGCUUGUCCUAAUGCAGUUGUUUUGUUUGAUGAAACAGAGAAAGCUCAUCCAGAUGUUUUGACAGCUUUGUUACAGUUAUUUGAUGAAGGACGGUUAACAGAUGGGCGUGGCACUACAAUUAACUGUAAAGACGCUAUAUUCAUUAUGACAUCGAAUGUUGGAAGUCAAGUUAUAGCUGAACAUGCGCAAGAACUACGAUACGUUUCCGGAAAUGAUGAAGCUGACAUUGAAAUAUCUCGAGACUUUAAAGAAAAAGUUAUGCGUCCGAUAUUAAGGAGACAUUUUCUUCGUGAUGAAUUUCUUGGUCGUAUUAAUGAAAUGGUUUACUUUUUACCAUUUUCAACAUCUGAACUUACCGAACUAGUGAAUCGUAGUUUAAAAAGUUGGAGUGAAAAGGCAUUGAAAAGGCAUUCUCUCACAGUAACAUGGAAUCGUGAAGUAGUAGAUCUUAUUGUUGAUGGAUAUGAUGUGUAUUAUGGAGCAAGAUCAAUUAAUUACGAGGUAAGACUGGCAGAUUUCAUCGCGUUUUCAUAGAUCAUACUACUACGGAUUCUAAAUCAAUCCUCCAUGACUUUUAGAUGAGUAGAAGUGUUAGUUUUAGUAAUUCCAUCGACUUAACCGAUCUUGGUACAGAUAAAAGUAACUACUUCAUUAAAUAAUUUUACACUGGAAACUGUAGUCAAUUAUCGUUUUCGAUCGAUGAAUGUAGGUGUGGCCAUUGACUUACUACUAUCCUAUACCACCUAGCCGGAGAGUGAAACGUUUUCCUUAUUGUAAAAUUUUUCUGCAAUACAUAAUUUGUUAAUUUCAAGACAAUAACUUCAAAUAAAGAGAUAAAAACGCCUUCAUUUUUCUGGGAAUUAUUAUAUUGUGCAGAUAGUCGGAUUUGCAAUUUCGCUAAUAGAAGAAUAAUGGAUACCUUUUUUUCUCAUAUAAUCAUUGAUAAACUAUUAUUACGAAUGACAUAAUUGAACAACAAUGUGAUAACUUAAUGGUUAAGACAUUCUAACUCCAACCACCAAGUUGCAGUUUUAAACCCCAUUCUGCCUACUUUAGUUUGAGCAACCAGGUGAUAUUAACUAGCCUUUAAAUUUAUACUAUGGUUCAAAGCCCCAAACACUUGGUAAGUAAAUAGUCGUUAACAUCAGGGCGAAACUAUAAAUCACAUUUUGUCUUUACAUAUUGAAUGAUACUUUACAUUGGAUUUAUGUUUGAUCAAUUUUUUAGAUUGAACGUAGGAUAAUAAGCCUUCUCGCUUUAGCUGAUGAACAAGGACAUCUAAAUCCUGGCAGUCGUGUCAACAUCAGUGUUAGUCAUAAAAGCGUUAAAGAUGAAGCUUGGUCAUCGAAAAAAUCAAAUGAAAACUUGGAUCCAACAAUAUCUUCCCCACCGCGUAUAGUACUUAAUGUUACAGAUGCAAAAGGCAAAAUGAAUAAAGUUCUUGAUUUGACGCAGACCACUAUUUCGUGGGCAUGAGUUUAUAUAUAUAAUUUUUCACUUUUAAACUCUCAGAUCUAACAAUCGUUUGUUUCAUAUAUUUUCGAUCCUAACUGGGUAAAUCUUGAAAUUCUCAUCUUUUACACAUUCUCUCUCUCUCUCUCUCUCUCUCUCUCUCUCU